GUCAAGUUAUCAUUUUCGGGUUGGGACUUUUAAAACUUGUAGUUAUUAAUUUAAUGAAAUAAUUAUACUACUUUGGUUAUUUUGUUAUUAAUUGUUAAUCCGAAUAAUAAAACUUCAAUAUGAGUGACCAACAAAUGGAUUGUGCACUGGACUUGAUGCGGAGGCUGCCCCCUCAGCAGAUCGAAAAGAAUUUAACAGAUUUGAUAGACCUCGUUCCGAGUAUGUGUGACGACCUAUUAUCAUCAGUAGAUCAGCCUCUAAAGAUUGCUCAGGAUCGUAGCAACGGGAAAGACUAUUUAUUAUGCGAUUACAAUCGCGACGGUGACUCCUACAGGUCUCCUUGGUCGAAUACUUACGACCCACCAUUAGAUGAUGGCUCCAUGCCCUCUGAACGCUUGAGAAAACUAGAAAUAGAUGCUAACCUCGCCUUUGAUCAAUAUCGAGAGAUGUACUUUGAAGGUGGCGUUAGCUCAGUCUACCUUUGGGAUAUGGAUCAUGGAUUUGCAGGAGUAAUAUUAAUCAAGAAAGCUGGAGAUGGUUCCCAAAAGAUCAAAGGAUGCUGGGAUUCAAUCCACGUAGUGGAGGUGAUCGAGAAGAGUUCAGGACGCAAUGCUCACUACAAGUUGACCUCGACUGCAAUGUUGUGGCUUCAGACUAAUAAAGAAAGCAGCGGCACUAUGAACCUUGGAGGCAGUUUGACUAGACAGGCAGAACAAGACUCGACAGUAAGUGAUGUGACUCCGCACAUUGCAAAUAUUGGGCGCAUGGUGGAAGACAUGGAAAAUAAGAUCAGAAACACACUUAACGACAUUUAUUUUGGUAAAACAAAAGAUAUAGUGAGCGGGCUGAGGUCAGUGAUCCCGGCGGACGUGGCGCGCCGCACCGCCGCGCUGCAGCACGACCUCGCGCUCGCCCUGCAGCGCCGCCACGUGCAGCGCGACGACUGAGAGCGCCGCCCCCGCCCCCCGCUCGGCACACAUGAGGUGGAGACGUUCGGUGAUGUAACGAAGAUAGAAGUGUUGCAAGAGGAUUAACAGUGAAACGAACCUCACGUGUGAGAACUUAUGAACAUUAAAUUAAUUCCCCCGGUAUAUAUGUCUCGUUAGUGUGUAAAUGUAGAUUUUAAAUAUGGCCGUUUAUGGUGCUUUAACAGUCUUCAGAAUUACGUUUGUUAAAAUAAUAAAUAUAUACAUACUUACAAAGAGAACAAUUUCGAUGAUUUAUAAACUUCAAUAGUGGCCAUUUUGGCGUUAUUCAGUUAAUUAAAAAUACAUUGGAUUUCUCUCUCUCUCUUUCUCUCUUUCGUUUUAAGUGUACCUACCUACUUAAAUUUUUUUUUUUUUAAAUUGUCAAAAUUCAAAGAAAUUUCUUGUUAAUGUAUAGAGAAUAAUGUAAACUUAAGUAAUUCGCUUAAUAAAAUGAUGUAUAAUGAUUGAAUUGUUCAAUGCUUUAUGCCUUAAAAUAAAAAUAUAUAUUAAUAAGAAGUAA